GAGUCCGGGCCAGCUCUGCGCCCCAGGCGUACCCAAAGGCGGCCGCACCGCAGUCGGGGCGGCCUCUUCCCCGCUUCCAACCAUCUUUCUAAGUCAGGGAGUCUAGCUAGCAGCGAGCACCCUCCCCCAGCCUGAAGCAAGCGCUCGCUCACCGCGUCGCUCCUGCGCAGAGAAGGGGAUCCAGCCUCCCCAGGAACCGGAAGCCAUCAUGGACUGCCACAAAGGCCGGAAGCGGUGGAGCCCGGUUGCUCCCAGAGCCACUCUAGGGAGCCGCGGAGUUCGACUCAGUGGUUGACUCGGGAGAAGAUAAAACCAGCUUUCGCCCCGUGUGCCAGCCCUCCCUGAGAGACUGCCAUCAUGAGGUCUUAAGAAGGAGUCCAAUGGUUGAGAUCUAACUUCAGAUCCUUCUGCCUCCAGCUCACAACAGCUGAGAUGACCGAUUUGUGCACUGCUAUACAAUGCUGAGGACCAAACCCAGGGAAUUGUGUGUGCUAGGCAAGGUUUCAUGCCUAGAAGAAGACCCCAGUCUGUCUUCUAAUUGAUUAUGCAGCUGUGAUGACCCUGAACACCUGCUCUUCACAUCUGUGGAAACUUCUGGUCCCUUCAAAUAUUUGUGUGCAUAACCUAUCCAUCCAUGCAACCAUAUAAGGUUUCCUCCAUGAGCGAUGGGCCAUCUCUUGUGGCGGUGUAUGAGGCAGCUGGCUGGGAGUCUUUGCCCUACCCAGAUAGAACUGGUAGGUGUGGGCUGGUCUUGGCCAAGGUAUCAAAAAACUGAGGAGAUGAACAAAGACCACAGGCCCUCAGACCAGAAAUUGGCAGUACUAGUCAUGGCUACACAGUUAAGAGUCUUCUAUCUUGUUCCACUUCUUCUAGCCAGCUAUGUGGAGACAACCCUCAGGCCGGAAAGGAUGAAGAUGGACUGCUACAAAGACGUGAAAGGCACCAUUUACGACUACGAGGCUCUGGCUCUUAAUGGGAAGGAUCACAUUCCGUUCAAGCAGUAUGCAGGAAAGCAUGUCCUCUUUGUCAAUGUGGCUACCUACUGUGGUCUGACAAUCCAGUACCCUGAGCUGAAUGCACUCCAGGAGGAUCUGAAGCCACUUGGCUUGGUUAUAUUGGGCUUUCCCUGCAACCAGUUUGGAAAGCAAGAACCAGGAGACAAUUCAGAGAUUCUUCCCGGGCUCAAGUAUGUUCGUCCAGGAAAAGGAUUUUUACCUAAUUUCCAGCUUUUUGCGAAAGGGGAUGUAAAUGGUGAAAAAGAACAGAAAAUCUUCACCUUCUUGAAGCGCUCUUGCCCUCACCCCUCAGAGACUGUGGUCACAAGCAAGCACGCCUUCUGGGAGCCAAUCAAAGUCCAUGACAUCCGCUGGAACUUUGAGAAGUUCCUAGUGGGACCCAAUGGUGUCCCUGUCAUGCGCUGGUUCCACCAGGCUCCUGUCAGCACUGUCAAGUCUGACAUCCUGAUGUACCUGAACCAAUUCAAAAACAUAUAGGAAGGCCAAGCUUCUGACCUCUUCCUCCUUCCCCCUUAAAGACAGCUCUGAAAAAGGACUUCAUCUUCUCCGCAUACUCUUCACUGAAAUGGACCUUGCCUGCCCAAGUCACCCCUAAAUUGCCUAAGUUCUUUCCCUGCACAAGUAGAUCUGUGUCUGGAAAGCUGCCGAUGUUUUUCCUUGUUAGAUUUAUGAGUUGAAGAGAAAAAAGAAAAAAGAGAAAACUGAAUCCAGAGAGACCUCAUUACAGGUUUGGUCAGGGAUGUUAGCACUCACCUACAAUGUCAGCACUCAGCAGACAUUACAGACGUUUCAGACAGGCAGACACAGGAGGAACAUGAAUACCAGGCCAGCCUGAACUACAGGAGACCUUGUGUCAAAAAAAGAAAAAAAAAUCCAUCAACAACAACACAACCUGAUUGAACCACGCUAAUUCAUCAAAGCAUCUGAGGAUAGCUCGGUUGGACGUUGUAUCUGGAGGAGGAAGUGUCCCCUGGGCCAUUCUGAGUCUCUCUCUUCCAGGCCUGAAGGAGGAGAAAGAGCAAUGGAGGAUGGUCAGUCUAGGUUGCUCCUCCUAAAAAGUUCUCCUGAGACAAAUGCCUUCCUAGUUCCUGAGUUCUUUGAAUUCAGUCUCCAUACCAUCUGCCCCUUCUCCUGUGACCAAUCUGAGGGAGAGUAGGAGAAGAUUGACUCACAUAGGAGGAGGGCAUCUCCCUGCUGCCAGGAUCCGGGACUUGUCCCUGAUUCUGCAAAAGUGCUCCUUCCUGUGUGAUCUUCACAGGUUUGUCUAGUGCUUAUGAGUGGGGAUGCCUUUUAUCAUCUGAGGAAUAGGACCCUCCCAACCCCACCUCAACUUCAGAACUAGACAUAUUAUUUCCAAUAAAAUGUUUUCUGAAGCAUU